AUGGACGAGGACGCAGCUCGUGGAAGCGCCAUCUGCGUCGUAGAACACAAUGAAAACGAGGGGAGGGACUCGUACCUGCUGAAGGAGGAUCGACUCCGGCGGCUGUUGAUGCAGGAGCACUGCAAGGACAAGCCGGUCGCAGUGGUGUCCAUCGCCGGGGGGGCGAGGAGGGGAAAGUCCUUCCUUUUGAGUCUCUUCCUAAGAUACCUCAGGGCUCAAGGGUCUGAAGAUUGGUUAGAUGACGAAGACACUCCGAUUGCAGGGUUCGCAUGGAAAAUGAGUUCCAAGAGGGUAACGACGGGGAUUCAUAUCUGGGAUGAAAUUUUCACAUUGAGGCUCCCAAACGGGGAAGAGGCAUGCAUCCUCCUGAUGGAUACGGAAGGGACCUUCGACUGCGAGGAGUCCCUCGCCCACAGCGUCACCGUCUUCGCCCUCAGCACCCUCCUCAGCUCCGUCCAGAUCUACAACCUCAAGGACAAUAUCCAAAUGGACGACCUCCUUCACCUCCAGGAUGCAGGCCCUGAAAACGAACAAUUUCGUUUCCAGUUCUUCACUGGGUACGGCCGCCUAUGCCUCGAAGCGAGCGACGACAAACCCUUCCAGAACUUCCUCUUCCUCGUGAGGGAUUGGAGGAACCAUCACGAGUUUCCGUAUGGGAGCGAAGGAGGGCAGGUGUUCCUCGACGAGAAACUCCAGACCUCCGACAGACAGCGAGAGGAAGUGAAGAAAGUGAAGGAAGACAUCAAGUUUUGUUUCACGAAACUCGAUUGCUUUCUGAUGCCAUAUCCCGGGGAAAAAGUGGCUGGAGAUCCUCAAUUCAGCGGGUCUCUUUCUGAUGUCCAGAAAGACUUCAAGGAUCAGCUCCGCCAAUUGGUGCCACAGCUGCUCUCCCCAGAGAAUCUGGUCCUCAAGACGAUCGCCGGCAGGCCCAUCACAUGCAAGCAACUCUUCGAAUACUUCAAAUGCUACAUCGGAGUUUACAACAACCGAGCGGAGAUCCCCGAGCCCAAGAGCAUCUUCGAGGCCACCGCCGAGGUCCAGCACCGGAACGCCCGCGACGAAGCAGUCGACCUCUACAUCCAAAAAAUGGACCGACUCCUGGCGGAAACUCCCGUGCCGACUCAAAGAAGACUGAAUCAAAUUCACGCUUUACUCCGAAUGGAAGCAAUCGAGAAGUUCACGAGUUCCAAGAAGAUGGGCGGAAAAGAAAUAUCGGGAAAAUACCUAUUGCUUUUGGAUAAGAACCUGCACGAGCUACACGAGCGGUACGAGAUACAGCGCGACGGGAGGGAAGAGCGGACGAAGUCGGAACUGAUGGAAGCGGCGACCCGCGUCCUCAAAGAGUACGGCGAAGACAUGGCCGAGGUCCUCAGGCACAUCCCGCUGCUGACCGCGAAAGAGCUGCGGGACGAACACGAGGAGAAGAAGACCAGAGCGAUUCAAAAUUUCAUGGUGAAGGAGGAAAUCGCAGAUGAAAACCUCUUCAGUCGAUAUAAGCAGAAACUGGAAAAGGACAUCGAGUCCCAAUCCGCCCUCCACUUCACCGAGCGGCAAUGGAAGGAGAGCAGCGCCGACCGGGAGCUGAUCAACACCGUCCAGUCCACGGUCUGGAUCUACUGCUCCCAAAUGGGGAAUUCCUGCGGCGGGGCCGUCAUCUCCGCGGAGGAGCUGGAGAGCGAGCACAAGAAGCACUACGAAGAGGCGCUCGACGCGUUCAUGCAUAGGACUCGAAAUACGCUCUGUCCGUAUCUCGUCGAUGACCACCGGGACAACUUGAUGAAACGCUUGGAUGAGCAAUAUAGAAAGUAUGCUGAACUGAGGGAAUCACAAGAAAGACAAGCAGAAACGGAACUCAUGAAUGCCAUGGAGGAGGCCAUGGAAAAAUACAACGAAAUGAUGAGCAAAUUGUUGGUAGAUUUGAUGAGCGAAGAGAAACUAAACAGCAUGCAUGCGAACUAUCGUCAACAGACGAUCGAGUCCUUCCAAGAGACAGGCAAGAAAUACCCGCAUCUUGCGAAGAAACACAUGGACGACUUGGAAGGGCGCAUGUCAAACGAAUACGAGCGAUACGAAGCCUUCAGAAACUCCCAAGAGCUCCAAGCCGAGGCUGCCCUCAACGACGCGGUGAAGAGAAGCGUGACGCACUACGAGCUCGAGAUGUCCUGCCUCUGCGACGGCAAGGACACCGCCGACGGAGGGCGACAGGGUGGGCGGUCCGGAGCCACCGACGGUCACCUCCUCACCGACGAGGAGUUGCUCGAUGGCCACGAGAAGUACCGUAAAGAAGCCCUGGACAUAUUUUGGACGACUGGGGGUCAGUGGAUGCAUCUCGCCGAGAAGUACAAGGAGGAAUUGGAGGAGUGCUUGAGGAAGGCGAAGUACGAGCUCGAGAAGAAACGACGAUCGAAAGAAAGACGAGUGAGGAGUUUGCUGGAGAAAUCCGUGAAGGAAAACGCGGAGGACUACCUCGGCGAGACGCGGAUGAAGAAAUUCUACGGAGAAAUCGUGGUGGACGAGGAAGAACUGAAGGAAAACCACUCGGAGCACAGGGACGCAGUCGUGCGCUCCUUCGUGGAAGACCCCCACGGAGACUGGGCCCCCGCCUGGCUAGUCGAAGAGUACCGAGACAUCCUCGAGACCACUCUGGAUGCCUGGCACCGCGCGUUGGAGACGAAGAUGGCUGAAGAGCGCACCAAUCGAAAGCAGGACGCAGAUGUCGUCGGGCUCGUGGCGGCAGUCGGCACCACCGUGGCGAGCGCGGCUCUCGGCCCCGGCGUCGCCGUGGGGGCCGGUGCAGCGGUGGGCGCCGCCGGUGGCGUCAUCUCGCAGCUGGUCGGAAACACGAGGUGGCGGAACGCGGCCGUCCUUCCCGACCCUGCCAGCAUUCGCAUGCCCCUCAAUUGGGUUGUGGGUCGUUCGACCGACGAAGGAGACGAGUCAGAAAAGAACAUGCUCGAAGAAGAGCCGGAAUGA